AAGCACCUGGCCCCCACCCGGCCCCCCGGCACGGAGGAAGAGCCCCCGCAGACGGGCGCCGUCCACUUCAAGCGCCGCAUCGCCCUCUACCGCAACGGCCAGCUGGUCAUUGAGAACCUGGCCCAGGCGGGGCAGCCGGAGGGCCCGCAGAAGGUCCCCCAGGAGGCCUCGGAGGCCUCGGAGGCCAACCCGGCUGCGGGGACCCCCCCGGCCCUCAAACGCCGCCGGCCGAAGCCCAAGCGGGUGGUGCACAUCGACUGCGCCCAGCACAUCGGCAGCUGCAAGGGCAGCCACCGGGACCUGGUGCUCUUCUUCAUCCACGGCGUGGGCGGCUCUUCCGACAUCUGGAAGGAGCAGCUGGACUUCUUCACCCAGCUGGGCUACGAGGUGGUGGCCCCCGACCUGGCCGGCCACGGGGCCAGCUCCGCCCCGCAGAUCGCAGCCGCCUACACCUUCUACGCCCUGGCCGAGGACCUGCGCGGCCUCUUCAAGCGCUACGCCAAGAAACGGAACGUCCUGAUCGGACACUCCUACGGGGUCUCCUUCUGCACCUUCCUGGCGCACGAAUACCCGGAGCUUGUGCACAAAGUGAUUAUGGUGAACGGAGGGGGCCCCACCGCCCUGGAGCCCAGCCUCUGCUCCAUCUUCAACAUGCCCCCCUGUGUCCUGCGCUGCCUCUCGCCCUGCCUGGCCUGGAGCUUCCUCAAAGCCGGCUUUGCCCGCCAGGGUGCCAAGGAGAAGCAGCUGCUGAAGGAGGGCAACGCCUUCAACGUCUCCUCCUUCGUCCUGAGGGCCAUGAUGAGUGGGCAGUACUGGCCGGAGGGGGACGAGGUCUACCACGCCGAGCUGACCGUGCCCGUCUUGCUGGUGCAUGGCAUGCACGACAAGUUCGUGCCCGUGGAGGAGGACCAGCGCAUGGCAGAGAUCCUGCUGCUGGCCUUCCUGAAGGUGAUCGACGAAGGGAGCCACAUGGUGAUGCUGGAGUGUCCAGAGACGGUCAACACCCUCCUGCAUGAGUUCCUCCUCUGGGAGCCUGAGCCCCUCCCUCCUGAAGAGGGCCCCCCGGCAGGGAAGAAGUAGUUGGCGGAUGGGGGUCCAUCCUGAGGGUCCCGGGGCCACACUCCUGUGGCUGCCCCAAGGAGAGCUCCUUACGGCGGAGGCCGAGAGUCGUCACGGAUGGGGGAGACGGUGCUUUGUCUCCCUGCUUGGGGGGCCCCGUAGCUGGCGUGCGGGGGGCCCUCGAACCGAAGGACGGCAGGAAGCAGAAGUUUGGCCAGCACCCCAAGACUUCGGGCAGAGGACAGGCGGGGCUGCUUUGCUCCUUGCAGCAGGAUGAUGGGCUCUGGAGUCUCCGCAAAGGGAUGCUUCGUUCCUGAUGCCUCGACUGGGCCAAAGGGGGGGGGGCUCAGAGCAAGCAUGGGGGGAUGGGAAGGGGCCCACCUGGACCACUGACGUUUUCUGCCCCACCGCAGCUGCGUCUGAAGAGGCCGCGGGAAUUUGCAGGCGGAAUUCUCCCACGCUGCUGGUGGGAGGGAAGGAUGUGGGGCCGAAGCCCCCCCUACCCCCCAGGUAGCUCCACCCCCCUGCCUAGUUGUCUUGUCAGAACCUUCCCCGGCCUCUGCCCCCCUCCCACCUCAAAGACGGGGGGCUGCAACCCCCGAGAAUGCUGGCCGUGAAUGUGGCUGGAACCCACCAGACGCGGGAGAGGCUCUCGCCCCCUCCCCACAUCGCUUCUUUCCAACUUAGGAGAUGCUGUUCAAGCCCAAUGGGGGGGGUCCAGAUCCCUGCCACCCCAUCCCCCCCCCCCACACACACGUGCCCCCUCCCCUGCGGUGUUUGUAAAUAAAC